UCGCACAGUGCGCACGUGUCGAAUUCUUCUAAAUUUCUAAUCUAUCCCUUUCUGAAUCCUGAAGCUCUCAUGUGCCGAUCACCUUCAACCGACGUUUUUGAUUUUUGUCCCACCCACGCCACGGCACACCUCCUUGAGAUAGUUGUUCGUUCGAUAACUUCAUCACUCAUUCCUUUCUCUCUCAUCUCUCUCUCUCUCUCUCCUCUUUUUGCGUUUCAACUCAGUCACGAUCUCAUCCGAAUCGUUCCUCAAUAAGAACAGAUUUUUCACUGAAAUCCUAUCCCUAGUUCUACAGAUUAUUGUUUGUUAUUUAUUCCAUGGAUUUUUUCAAAUCUGUCUUCUCGGAUGAUCAAGAACCCUUGGAUGUCCAGAGAAACCAGACUUCAUCGGUAUCGGAAUCUCCUAGUGGCACAUCCGAAGUACAAGAAGAAGGAGAUCCAGAUCGGGAAGCUCUGUUGGAUGAAUACGAGUCAAAUCCUAACCCUAGCCCCACUUCUUCAGCCGCUUCUGGUUGGAGCUUCGGCGGCUUCAUCAAAACCUUCGCCACAAAAUCUGAAUCAGUUCUUCAGACGUACCGCCGCGAUCUAGAGGAAUUUAGCUCUGGCCUUAAGAAGGAGACGGAGGCGCUCCGUGAAGCCGCCAGUCGCGCCGUAAAGGAUCUUCCGGCGUCGAUCGAGGUUGGGGCGUCGGUCGCGCAGGAGUCGCUCGAGUCAGUUGGGCAAGCAAUUGAUGACUUAGGGAACACCGUGUGGCGCGGGACGGCUGAGAUCAUUUCCCACGGUAAGGAUGUGCUUCUCUCUGCUGAUCAGGAGAGCGAUUCUUCUGAUAGCCAGCAUUUGAGUAAUCCGAUUUUGAAUUCAAAGCGCUACAGUAGAUUUGAAGCGCAGGUUCAUUCAAUUCAGACCGAUUUGAAUACUUACUGCGAGGAACCCGAUGAUUUGGACGACUUCAAUAAGUGGAAAUCUGGGUUUCUGAUUGAAGAGAAGGCCAAUGAAAUUGAGAACUUAUGCAGCGAGAACGGUGUUAUGGAAGGGAUCUAUAUCAAGCUUGUUCCUAAUACUGUUGAUCAUGAGACAUUUUGGGGUCGAUACUUUUACAGGGUUCACAAGCUUAAGCAAAUGGAGGAUGCUAGAGCUAAUCUUGUAAAGAGAGCAAUUUGUGGGGAAGAGGAGGAAGAUUUGAGUUGGGACGUGGAUGAUGAUGAUGAGGAGGAGGAAACCAAUGCAUCGGAUUUGAAGGAUGGUACCACCGACAACAAGGCAUCGGAGAAACAUGUCGAGGUGUCACAGUCUAGGAGUUCUGAUGUUGUUCCUGAAAUGGAAGGGAAGACAUCUGACAGAGAAAUUGAUGAGAAAAGUCACAUUGUGGAAUCUGUUAGUGACAAUGGGACUGAUGAAAAUAAAGUGUUGCCGGAAGCAAAGGCAGAUCUGGCUGGAUCACAUAGCGAUGAGUCAGUUGCAAAAUCUGAUGAGAAGCAAACUGAAGGAAAGGCUGACCAUGGUGAAUCUUGCAAAGACAGUGACGUAUCAGUUGUCUCAAGCCAACCUUCAGUGCCUGAGGAAGAGGACUUGGGAUGGGACGAAAUUGAAGAUCUUGGCAGUAACUUUGAUAAAAAAACUGUUGGGGGCAGCACCAAUAGAGCUGAUCUAUGCAAGCGGUUGAGUGUUGCAGAUGAUGACGAAGAUUUAAGUUGGGAUAUUGAAGAUGAUGAUGAGCCUGUGAAGCCAUGAGUAAACCUUGAUAUUAUAAUAAUAAUAAAUGGUUACAAUGUGUUACAUUAUUUCUCUUUUCAUGUCCCCUUUGGGGAUUUCUUCCAAGUGUUUAGUUGGUUAUUUGAUUAUGAUUGUUUAGUCUCAUUACUUCGUUUAUAAUGUAAAUAUGUCUAUUUUUUAAAGCAACUAGAGUAUUUGUCUAUAUACAUCUCUUUAUAUUUGAAACUGAAGCAACUGUUUCCAAGAA